GGAAACUGUGAAUGGUCGACUUGUCAAAUACGUAGCUUAUCGAAAUAAGUUGCUGAAUUUUCGAACUUGUUUCAGUAUAUUACGGAAUUAUUCAGAGUCAAAACUCACCUGACAAUGUGUCUCCACCUCUGCGCGUGGAAACGUCAAAAAAUUUUCAUCGGAUGCGCAGGAUUUGCGGCUCUGAUUGUUUUUGUGCUCCUACUCCAUCAAACUUGCUUUGCCAAGGAUACAAGUCAGGACUGUGUUCCUUCUUCCUGCGGCAAUAUCCACAACAUAAGCCAUCCGUUUCGAUUACAAGGCGAUCCACCAAAUUGUGGGGACCCAAAAUAUAGCCUGUCAUGCGAGAACAACCAGACGUUGCUGUACUUAUUUUCUGGAAUAUACUACGUCAAGGCAAUCGAUUACAACAACCUCACAAUCCGAGUUGUUGACCCUGGCAUUAAUCUAGAAGAUAACUACUCCUUCAUCCCUCGUUAUUUUUUAAGUCUGACAAAUUUCAGUUUAAAGGUUCCAUACGUCUCAAGUGUUCCACACUAUUUAGGCUACGAUGAAGUCAGGCUUUUGUCAGCCAAUGUGGUUUUCUUGAAGUGUGAAAAGCCAGUGAAUUCUACUGAUUAUUUGAACGUUUCAACCGUUCUGAUAACGGAUCAUACUCUUCCAACUCUUCUUUGUCCCAUUCCAAGAGGUAUAGAUACGUUCUAUUUCUCAACGCGAUCAAAGCAGAGUAUGUGGCGGACUUGUGCCAAGUAG